ACGUCCCCAGCACGCCGCCCGUUGCUCCUCAGUAGAGUUACGGGUGCGCUUUUGGCAGGAGCGAUAGCGGGUGAGGGCACGGCGUGUGCGGCCGGCGUUUCGGAGACCAGGGGCCAGUUCUCUCCCAUCCUACAGCAGCAUGAACCACUUCGUGUAAUGUGUUUUUACUCCCCAAAGGAGGGAAGAAAGUGUUUUCUGACGCCCUGAGUUCUUUUUUGAGUUUCAGCGUUAAGUUCAGGGCAGAGUUCCCCUCCCCGUCGAGUCAUGUGCCCGUUCUCACCGCGCUCGUGUGGAGCCAGUGAACGCCAGCUUCACGUCGUGGCAUUUCGGGAUGCUAUGGGGAGAUGUGGCAUGGCAUGGGAGGCAGCUGUGGGAAGGCAGGAGGACACCUGCACCCCUCCAGGAAGGGCUCUGGGCCCAAAACGCGUGUGUUGUCUGCAGCGUGACACUGUGGUUCGGUGGCUGCCCUGAUGCCUCCUGGCCUGGCCAGGGCUGAAGGGGUCCCACGGGUGGGAUGUGCCCCAUUGCAGGAGGUGACCCUGCCAUGUGGUCUGGCUCCCCACAACUGCAGCGAGGUGCUGCACUUCCCUAUGCCAGGCCAGCCCUCCUUGCCUCACCCUGGUGAGGCUCUGCCCAAAGUAGAGAUGUGCUCUGAAGAGAAAUAGGACAAAAAGAUACGUGGCCUGACAGGAACGCGGGCUGAGUGCUUGCUGCAGAGCCAUCAGCAUAAAUUGGUCUGGGGGAAGAGGUAGUGUGAUGCAUCUGGUAGUGCGAUGGCCAGCUGCCCCUCCUGGGGCCUGCCCGGUCAUUCUCCCACUCUCUGUCUGGGGAAAGAGACAGCACCCCACAGAAAACACUGGGGAGAAGUGGGCAAGGCAAGGGAUAGAGGCCAGCAGGACUGGGGAAGGAUUGUUUCCUUGUGCGCGGCACUGGUGAGACCGCUCCUCGAAUAUUGCGUUCAGUUUUGAGCCUCUCACUACAAGGACAGUGAAUUGCUCGAGCAUGUGCAGAGAAGAGCAACGAACCAGUGAAGAAACUAGAAAAUGAGUUAUGGGGAAUGACUGAGGGAGUGGGGUUGUUUGGUCUGGAGAAGAGGAGCCUGAGGGGAGACCUCGUUGCUCUCUACAGCUACCUGAAAGGAGGCUUCAGUGAGGAUGGUGUUGGUCUCUUUUCUCAGGUGACAAGCAGUAAGAUGUGACGAGAAGGUCUCAAGUUGCACCGGGGAGCUUGAGGUGGGAAGUUAGGAGGAAUUUCUUCACAGAAUCGAAAUCUGCUCCCCGAAAGGUAGUGGAGUCCCCAUCCCUGGGGGACAUUUAAGAGAUGUAUGGACAUGACGCUAAGGGACACGGUUUAGUGAUGGGACUCAGUAGGCUGGGUUGCUGGUUGGACUUGAUCAUCUUGAAGGUCUUUCCAACCUAAACCUAUGAUUCUAAGGCCUGUGGGGCUGAGUCUUCACAGGUUGUGACUCAUCUUUGGUCAGGAGGUCAAUGGAGGUGUUCACCGUUGUUAAUGCAAGGCCUGGGAUGAGAAGGUUGAUCAGCUUUGUUUUUUAGGGUGAGAGGAUACAGUAGGCAAGAUAAGCAAAUAAUUAAUCACCUCGUUUCUAAAUACAGCUGUCCUGUUGUAUGCUAAUGGAAAAUUACAUUUACUGUUGUGCUAAGUUUUUGUUUGUUUGCUUUUCUAAUAUAUGAAGCAUUUUCUAAUCUUUCUUAUAUGAAAGGCUUACUUGUUCAAGGAAAGAUUGGUGGUCCCAAGUCCCCUUUUGUAGAAAGCAUAGAUCAGGACUAAAAGCCAAGCAUGUUCCUACGAUGCCUUCUGUGAUCUCCUUAGGGAAAUAGAGGAUUUACCCUGCAGUGUUUAAGCAUAAGCUAAGUCCCAAAUCAAAGAUUUUUUUUUUUUUUUUGUGGUAGUGGGAAGAGGAGGAAGAGCAGAUAAAGGUUAUUCCUUCUCGAUAGGAGUAAUAGAUUUCCAGGAAGAAGAGUUGCGCUGGCUGGGCUGGCAGGGUCAGCUGUUGAGAAAGUCAGAAGUUUCAUUUUCUGUGGUAGAUCAGAUGUUGGAGUGAGAGGGGUUUGUAACCACCACCAUCAUCACCUUGGACCCUGACAAAUUUCGUUGAUCCGUGUAAUUGGGGAGUUUGCCCUUCAAACUGCAGAAAAGGAAGGAUUAAAUGACAAAAAGUACUGAUUGGAGCACUGUUGUACAUCAGGACUGUAUCUUUGGUCACGGUAGCCAUGAUGAAGCAGUAAUGCAAGGAUUUCUUUCUGAUUGCAGUCUGAAUCUUUCUCAGAUUUGUAUGGGAUAAUUUAAGGAGCAUUUGUCUGGUGUUAGAACAAUAACCUAGGGUCACAGGGAAAGCUUGCGUUUCAUGUUCAUCAUUAGUCUUAUAAAUUAAUUUUAGUAAAAUGCCUAAAACCAUACAAAAAGAAGGUUAGUAAGUUACUCUAGUAAACUGAUUACCGCAAACAUCUUCACUCGUAGCUGAAAAUUCUGAGAUUUUACAAAAAUGAUUUCUUUUGAGUAGCAUUUGAUUUUUAGACUGAAUAAGAAGUUUUGCUAUUUUCUUCAAAGGAGAUGGCCGACUUUGCCUUUGAACAUAAACAUUGGAGCCCUGUCUACCUUUGUGCUCUGAUACAGCAGAGGAGGAACUUAGCUGGCCAAGCCUUUCCAUGGCUUCCUUCUCCUAACUGCAUUCUCCUGGCUCAGAUGAAAACCACUUGGGACAGCUCCAAUGCAUUUUGUGCCUGAAGUUCACAAGGCAGGGCAACGCAGCACCCGGAGCUGCUUCUCCUCAAUUCAUUUGGAUGUGGAGUUUUGCUCUCCAGGGGCAGGAGGGCUUUCUGUCUCUGGCAGUUUGGGCACGUCUGCAUUUGCAGCUGCCAAACAGGUCGUGCAAACUGCGUGUUCUCCUCCCAUAUCUGCAGGUCAGGCUUGGAGCAUCCCUCCUGUGAGCUCAAAACAAGCGAGCCCCAAUCCACCAAGACUGCAUAAAUGAAAGCUGGUGCUUGUGCAAAAGGGCUGCCUACUUUUCCAAGCUUGGGAGAGGCGCUGAGAUGGUCUCUUGAAAACUUUCAGCGUGGCUCCAGGUUUGUGGGCACCUGGGGUCCACACUCAGCAGACUUACCCUGGAAGGACAACUUGUCCUACUUAGGGGACAAAGCAAUCUAGGACCAGACUGUAUUUAACCAAGGUGAAUGGUACGGCGAACAUAUUUCUUGGGGAGUAGUGGACAUUAACUAGCAUCACAUUAUGCCUUUUCUUUUUAUUUUCUUUAUAGACCAUUCCACAGUAUUUUAUGUAUGCUGCAUUGAUGGGGCAAUAUGGGCCUGAGUCGCUUGCUGAACUCUAACUCCUUUACUGUUAUACGAGACGAUGCCUUCGCCGGUCUCUUCCAUCUAGAAUACCUAUUCAUUGAAGGAAACAAAAUUGAAACCAUUUCAAGAAAUGCAUUUCGUGGCCUCCGAGACCUAACCCACCUUUCUUUGGCCAAUAACCAUCUUAAAUUUCUGCCAAGGGAUGUCUUCAGUGACUUAGAUUCUCUAAUUGAACUAGAUUUAAGGGGAAAUAAAUUUGAGUGUGACUGCAAAGCCAAGUGGUUGUUUUUGUGGUUAAAGAUGACAAAUUCCACUGUUUCUGAUGUCCUGUGUAUUGGUCCAGCAGAAUAUCAGGAUAAGAAGUUAAAUGAUGUGACAAGUUUUGAUUAUGAAUGCACCACUACAGAUUUUGUUGUUCACCAGAUUUUGCCCUACCAGUCAGUGUCAGUGGAUACAUUCAACUCUAAGAACGAUGUGUUUGUAGCCAUUGCACAGCCCAGCAUGGAGAACUGCAUGGUGCUGGAGUGGGAUCACAUUGAAAUGAAUUUCAGGAGUUACGACAACAUCACAGGUCAGUCCAUAGUGGGAUGUAAAGCCAUUCUUGUUGGUGACCAAGUCUUUGUGGUGGUGGCACAGCUCUUCGGUGGCUCGCACAUUUACAAGUACGAUGAAAGCUGGACAAAGUUUGUCAAAUUCCAGGAUAUCGAAGUAUCUCGCAUUUCUAAGCCGAAUGAUAUAGAGCUUUUUGAGAUAGACAGUGAAAUGUUUUUUGUCAUAGCAGAUAGUUCUAAAGCAGGUUUGUCAACAGUGUACAAGUGGAAUAACAAAGGGUUUUACUCAUACCAGUCCCUUCACGAGUGGUUCAGGGACACGGACGCCGAGUUUGUUGAUAUAGAUGGGAAAUCCCAUUUAAUCCUCUCUAGCCGCUCACAGGUCCCCAUUAUACUCCAGUGGAACAAAGCUUCAAAGAAGUUUGUCCCACACAGUGAGAUCCCCAACAUGGAAGAUGUCCUGGCUGUGAAGAGUUUCAGGAUGCAAAACAACCUGUACAUCACGCUGACGAGGUUCAUCGGUGACUCCAGAGUUAUGAAAUGGAACAGCAAACAGUUUGUGGAGAUACAGGCUCUUCCCUCCCGAGGAGCCAUGACGCUGCAGCCUUUCUCCUUUAAGAAUAAUUACUACUUAGCCUUGGGAAGUGACUAUACAUUCUCCCAGAUAUACCAGUGGGAUGGUGAAAAGAAGAUCUUUAGGUUAUUUAAAGAAAUCUAUGUGCAAGCGCCACGUUCUUUCACAGCUGUGUCAACGGAUCGAAGAGAUUUUUUCUUUGCCUCCAGUUUUAAAGGAAACACACAAAUAUUUGAACAUAUCAUCAUCGACUUGAGUUUAUGAAAAGCUGCUGGAUUGAAAUUCAUGUAGAGUGACAUUUAUACACAAGCAAAACAGUGACCUUUCCAAGAACAGGGAGCACCUAUGGAGUAUGAUGACAUUUUCUGAACUUUUAAAACUUGCAUAUUAAUCAGGGAUUGCAUUUACUCGGUUGCUGCAUGACAUGUCCGUUUUAUCCUUUUUCAAAGACACUUUGCAACCUGCAGCCAUUCAGACAAGUGUGCAGUGCAUUAGGAUUAAUUUUGACAUCUAAGAACUAUUUAAAUUUUACCCAGAAAACUACCUUAAAUUGGACAUCUCAUAAUGAAAGCAACAAGGAAGCCAUACCAUUUCUAUGCUUUGGCAUAGAAAUGCUUUUGACUCUUUAGCUAAGACCUCAGUACUAAGAUUUUAAGAUUAGAAGCAGGUCAUUAUGCUUGCUGAUGAAUUGUAAAAGCAAACAGUAACAUUCCGGAAUAUACUUCAUUUUGGUUUCUUGCGCUCUAUCUUCAAAAUCUGUCUUUGUGGUUUAUAGUAGGACCAAGGUGUCAUUUUAACUCAUUGUAGCUUAAAGGGAAAGUCAAAAUCUAUUGCCAUUUUUCUUAUGUUAAUCACUAUUUCAGCAACAAAUUGUACGUAACCAAGAGCCCAGCCCAGAGUACCUGGGUGGCCAGGAAAAUAAAGGUAUGUCACUUCUGGACUGUGAGAUCUUAAGUUAAUACAGACAAAAUAACAGAGGUCUGCUUGGUACAUUGACUAUAGAUUCAGUCUGCUUUGUGGAUUAAUAGGUAUUCCAGAAAUACAUCUCAUUUUGCUCUAAUUCACACUCUUCCUGAUGAUCCCAGUAGAUUCUAGGGUGCUUUACCAAGGUCUUAUUCAUCCAUAAGGCACAGCUUAAAUUCAGUCUGUAACAUGUAUCUACAUUCAUGUUCUUCAUGCUGUGGCUUGUCUUUAUACAAUGAGAUGAUUUUUUCUUCUGAGUUCUUCCUCCAGCACAGCUCACAAGCAAUAAAUUCACGUUUUGGUUAUCACAAGCUGUACUUGGGGAAUCUGAGAACGAAACAGGACUUUGUUAUCACCAGGUCUUUUGAAACUGAGGCAGCUAGAGCUGUCGAAGCUAGAGCUUACCCUGGCUCCAAGAAGAAGAGUUUCAUCUUGGUGGCCCCAGACUUUUGCUGGGUUGCCAAGCUUUCAAAUGUCUUGCAGGUUAUGUAGCAGGAUGUGAACAGUCCAUGUCUCAUUGGUGUUUUGGGUGGCUACAGAAUAAGGCGUUCAUUUAUCUUAAAUAUGGCAGCAGUCCUGGUGUGCACAGAGGCAGGAUCUGGCAGGAUAACAGCUGGGGACCGUUCUCCUGGAAAGGCUCCAACGUAUUUACCCAACAAAGUUGUGUAGCAGAAGCCGUGUUUGUUUUGUUUAGUUUUUUUCAUGUAUACAAUAUUUUCUUUGUUUUCACACUGCAUAGCAUUUUAGGUUGUUUUAUCACGAGUCUUGCUGCUGUGCUUCCACACUGGCUAAUAGCAAGGCUUUGUGUAAAGCAAGUGGAGCAAAUAAAGCUGUCGUUUUUUU